AGAAAACAGAAAUAGAAAUCCAGGUUGGGUGCAUAAGACUCAGUUCUGGUAGCGCUACGCUCUGUCCAGUUGUGGAGUCAUGAUUACGUCAUUCAAAAUUAUCAGAUAAGACCAAAUCAUGCGUUAACGUACAACCACAAAUGGCCGGCCACCGUCCACGGCGACCUGGAAGCAGAGAACUUUACGUCUCGAUUCCAAGUCGCAGCUACACAGAACCGCAUAUCAUUUCUGCUUCUCCAAGACCGCGUGACGAGGAACUAGUAGAGAGGGAGGAUGUUAUCUCUCCGACGAGGGCAUCUAUUGUCCGGGCGUUGGCACUCCUGUGCGCAUGUUCUCUCAGUGUCGGUAGUCACUAUGCGUCGUACACACUCGGGCCACUGAAAUCCCGACUUGCGCGAGAGAUUAAAACAUCCAACACGGAAUUUAGUCUGCUGAUUUCUGCAUUCAGCUUAAACAGUACAUGGACACCUCUAGUUGGGGGCCUGAUGGCAAGUAAACUUGGUACAACGCUCACCAGUAUCAUUGCCACUGGAGUCAUAUUUAUUGGCCAGGUUUUGCUACUGGUCGGUGACAUAAAAGGGGAUGUUCGGCUGAUGGUAUUUGGGCUGUUCGUGUUUGGAUUUGGAGUUAGCCCUCUUGCCGUUGUACAGGAGUCCAUUAUCGUGCGAUUCUUCAAAGCACAUGGGCUCGGCGUCUCGAUGGCACUGGGUCUUGUAGCUGGAAAAUUGGCGUCAUUUAUUUCAGCGCGAACUUCUCUCCCUCUCGCGGAGCGUUUUGGGCGCCACGCACCAUUCUAUGCGUCCACAUUCUUAGCUGCUCUUUCCCUUUUCAUCAAUCUGGUUUAUAUGGCAUCCUCAAAGUGGCUUAUACGGGGAUCUGGCACUGUCUUACUAGAGGCUUCCGAGAUACGACGUGAGGCGAGGCGCCGUUCCCUGUAUGACCUUUCUGAGGCUCAGGCACUGGAGAAAGUUGCAAAAAAAGCGCUAUAUCAGCUUGGGGAUAUCUUCUGGGCGUGCGUGUCAAGUUCAAAACUAAUGACCUUGCUAACUGUUUGCAGUUACAUAGGGCUAAACAUCCUGUGCGGCACUGUAUGGGCUCCUUUCACCCAUUUGGCAGCCAACAUUUUUGAACAGAGAUAUGGAUUGACAGAGGACGCCGCCAGUACACAAGCUUCCUACCUUCUAGUUGGGAGUAUACUCUUGUAUCCCGUCACCGGAUUCAUGGUAGACCGGAUGACACACCCACAAGCUGUACUUCGCAUGUUCGCGCUGUCAUCAGUAUUGACGUUGCUUGGUUAUGCAUGGCUUGUUCUUCCGCCAGCGUGGACUGGAACACCUUCGCCUGCAGUUGCUGUUUUUGCGACUGGCAUUGGCUUCUCCCCUUUACUCCUUGUCGUUUUGGUUCCUCAGCUAGUCCCGUUCAAGUUUGUAUCGACUACUCUGGGUGUUCACAAAAGCAUGGAACAAACAGGCGCGACAAUUUUCCAAACUAUAGCUGGCCUUAUCUUGGACGGUGCAUCACCCCGUCGACGAGCUUCAAAAGGCGCGCAGUACACGACUCAGCAGUUGUUGAACGUGUUUUUUGUUUUCAAUAUCCUGCAACUACUAGCCAUCAUCGGCCUAUCGCAUCUCGAUAGUCGUCGUCGGCAGGCAGCAGAGAUUCUUGAGAACGCGGUCGAGGAUGAAGAUGCUGAAAAUGAAUCAGAAGAAGAUUCGACCUUCACCGGGGGUGAAGGAGAUAUCCUUGCCUCUGAAAUCGGACCGUUGCCUUCUCCAGACCCGAGGAAGCCUCUACUUGGUCGUCGUCCAAGAGCGGAUUCUAGGGGCAGUUACAUCCCAUCUUCAUGUCCUUCCCAAGGAGUUUGUGGACACUCAGAGAUAAGGAGAGGCCGCAUUUUUGUGUGUCUUUGCGCCAUGCUUGUGUGCAGUGCUUGGGUAUUGUUUUUGAGCACUGCGUGGUUAAGGCUCCGGUCGAGACAGCAAAGAGUUUCAUAAUAGUUCACGUGGCUAGUGUUUAGGUACUUGUUAUCAGCAAGAUGAUUAUCCCAGUGUCGUGA